GUGUAAAACUUAUGAAUGACUCCAACUUCUCUGUGUAGCUUGUCAACUGGUAGCAACCGCAUCUCAGUGGAGUUGGUUUACUGACGGCUACCGCCUCCAGCAAGUCAGUCCAAAUGGAUUACACAGCAAGUCAGAGCGGGUUCAGACAGCGUAAGUUACAGCCUAAUAUGCGUCUCAGGAAUAGUUCAGUGGAUGGGUCAGAUGGCAGCCAGCUGUUUGAGGAUACGAGUGGAACAGGGUACAGUAACCCGCCGGCCGGGCCUCAAGCAGCGGGAUUUCCUGCCCAGUCCAUCCUGUCAGACCCCAUGUCUAACCUGGCUAUGGCAUAUGGCAGCUCACUGGCGUCCCAGGGAAGGGAAAUGGUGGACAAGAAUCUGGACAGGUUCAUCCCUAUUUCUAAGCUGAAGUAUUACUUUGCUGUGGACACAGUGUAUGUGGGGAAGAAGCUGGGCCUCCUGGUUUUCCCUUACAUGCAUGAGAACUGGGAGGUGAGUUACCAGCAGGACACUCCUGUGGCUCCACGCUUCGAUGUGAACGCUCCUGAUCUCUACAUUCCCACCAUGGGCUUCAUCACGUACGUCCUGGUGGCUGGCCUGGCCCUCGGCACACAGAACAGGUUUUCUCCGGAGCUGCUGGGAGUUCAGGCCAGCUCAGCGUUGGUGUGGCUGAUCAUGGAAGUCCUGGCAGUGCUGCUGUCGCUCUACCUUGUGACUGUGAACACCGACCUCACGACCAUAGACCUGCUGGCCUUCUCUGGCUACAAAUAUGUUGGGAUGAUCGUAGGGAUAGUAGCAGGCCUGAUGUUUGGGAAGCCAGCGUACUAUCUCUCUCUGCUGUGGUGCUGUGCUGCCAUCUUUGUCUUUAUGAUCCGCACCUUGCGUCUGAAGCUGCUAUCCGAGGCGGCGGCGGAGGGGAGGCUGGUGAGAGGAGCCAGGAACCAGCUGAGGAUGUACCUCACCAUGUCAAUAGCAGCAGCACAACCCAUCUUCAUGUACUGGCUCACCUACCAUCUCAUUAGAUAAAACCCACACACUCACUGUGCAGAAGAUGAACUUGGCUCUCCGAACGCCAUCUCACCCCCUUAAAGAAAACACACACAUCAAAGAAGCUGGACUUGGAUGAAACACAGCGGCCACAGUCGUCUGGAUGAUAUCCCAUCAUGUUCCCAGACAUAAAGACAGACUCACAAGACUCGCUCCAUGUACGCAUGGAACAUGCUAUGAAACGAUUAGGAGAGGAUGUGAGGCAUUACAGCCGUGUCUCUCACAGCACAGCCCUGUGACAUUAGUGUUGCCUUUUUUUGUCUUUUUUUUAUGUCAUGUCUUCAGAAACGUGUAGCAAGAGCAAGUGGCUUUAAGUUGUUUUUCUAUACUGUGUAAUUAUUUGUUAAUUUUGUUUUUUAGGACUAUUUAAGUAUGUAUGUAUGUGUAUAGCAAAAGUAUUACCACAGACGUUGCUCCGGUCUGAUAUCUCAUGCGAUUUUUCUGAGCCGACUGUAAAGAUAAAGCACACUAACCUCACACAACCGUCCAUUUAAUGACGAGAACAAAAGUCAAAUCCAGGUUUAAAACGAUCAACUGGCUCUGUUUCGACUAAUGUUUGUUUCAUGGCUUAGAGAAAUAUCUGUCCUCAUUUAUCCGGAGACGAGGGUAAUGUACAGUAACUGGUGUGUAAGUGUGGGUGCAGCACCACCUCCAUUUUAUGUUUAAUCUUUUUGUAUGAGCUUUGAUACAUGUUUGAGCUUUGCUGCCUGACAACUCUUGAAUAGAAAUAUCGACUGUGUGUAAGCCGUGACGCCAGGGUGGGGACGUCGCUAUGAAAUGUUGAAUUGACUUUGAUAUCCUUUUAAAAAAACAAGUAAAUUAUUUACUGCUUUUCAUAUUGAAAGUCAGACGGAAUAAAGAAAGGGAAGAGAUGGGAUGGUUUGCCCUGUGAAGAUUGUUUGUGUCUUUCAGAUACUUGAAAUAUUUUAAUGUCUGAUAUAGUUUGUUGUGCGUUCAUGUGCUUGUAAGUCACCAUGUCAGCUUUUUUAUGUAGCCAGUGUUAACUCAAACCAGGGUAGGAUUCACUUUCACUUAAAUUCAGGAAUAUAAUUUAAAAUUCAGGUUUUGCUUUAUUCUCAGAUGAAACUUGUGAUUAUGAUAAAUGCUGAAACACUUAUUUUAAUUGUCUGAGGUGCCAAUAAAACCUUUUUCCAAAUAUUUGACGAAGCAUUUAAAAAGGAUUUCUUAAAUUGCAUCAUUAUAACGGACUCAUUUAAUAUAAAUGUAGCAGAUAGGUCACUUUUUUCAGGAUUAAACAUGACUGGACGCCAUCCCUAGAGUAGGCUGAAAGCAUACAACAUAACAAAUCAAGCCAUGGAAAUGAUAUGACGGCAGAUAAAUAAAGCCUGACUGAUGGAGCUGCUGAGGUGUGAGUUGUGUUUUGUGUGCUUGAAAUUUGCUUGUAAUCAUUUUUCUCACUUGAUUUAAAAUAAAUAAA